AUGGAUCACCAACACAACACUCGAACAGAGCUCACCAAAAUUCUAGAUAAUCUCUCAAAUGAUAAUCGACAACGCCUUUAUUUUCUACUGAGUACAGACGUUCCGAAAUAUUUAUGCAAAGAUCUCACACUAACUGGAACGUUUCAAAUAGUCGAUUAUCUCUUCGACAACGCACUUAUCACUGAUCGAAAUUAUUCUUACUUAAUUGAAGCCUUAAAACGAGCAGAUUGUCAAAGCACUGCUAACAAACUUCUAGCAUACGAACAAGCUCAACAAAAAACUGAUAAAAAAGAUUUCAUGUCACUGUCUGUAGUAUCUCCAAGUAUGAUUAAUCCAAGGUCAAUUCCAUAUUUUUUGACCAAGGGAAAAACUGUCGACAUGGAGUGUGAAUCAAUGAAUCGCAAGAGCAAAGAAUCUCACCAUCGAUACUCAUGUGUGACUACAAUAUUCACAAAAUCAACCAAUAUUCGUGAAAUCAUUUUGUUCACCUUAGUUCUGGUACUAUUAAUCUUUUUAUUGGUCACAGUACCCGGGAAGUACCAUUAUAAAACCAUCGACAAAGUCGAUCGAGAGCCACUUCGUAGUACCUUCAUCAAUGCGGAUACUGUUUGGUCAGAAACAGGCACAUUUGUUGCGGGCGGAAACUAUGCGGGCGCUUUAUUGAAUCAACUUUCUUAUCCGUAUGGUUUGUAUGUUGAUAGUAAUCAAACAAUUUAUGUUGCUGAUGAGCAGAGUCAUCGUAUCGUUGCAUGGGAUCACGGUGCUACUGAAGGUCGAGUAGUUGCUGGUGCAAAUGGAGCUGGAAAUCGACUGAAUCAAUUGGAUAAACCAUCCGAUGUUAUUGUUGACGAAAGAACGAAUAGUAUUAUCAUUUGUGAUUAUGGUAACCAAAGAGUAGUUCGAUGGAAUCUACAUAACGGUACAACUGGUCAAGUUCUUCUCUCGAACGGAGACUAUUUUGGAUUAACAAUGGACAAUCUUGGAUAUCUGUAUGUUACCGAUCGAUCAAGAAAUAAUAUUCAACGAUGGCGAAUGGGCGAUACAUAUGCGACUGUGGUAGCAGGUGGCAAUGGCAAAGGUGAUCGGCUUGAUCAAUUUGAUCAGCCAAGAUACAUAUCUGUCGAUCAGGAUUAUUCAAUUUAUAUAUCAGAUUGGAAUAACGAUCGAGUGAUGAAAUGGAUGGCAGGUGCCAAAGAAGGUAUGGUUGUUGCUGGUGGUCAAGGUAAAGGAAAUACUUCCAGACAAUUAUCGUAUCCUGAAGGUGUUGUCGUUGAUCAACGUGGUACAGUUUAUGUCGUCGAUCAAUGGAAUCAUCGGGUGAUGAGAUGGUUCAAAGGAGAAACACACGGACGCCUCGUUAUUGGGGGAGAAAACAUGAAAGAUCGAUCGAAACAGAUCUACCGUCCUGUUGGUCUAGCGUUUGAUCGGUACGGUAAUCUUUAUGUUGUUGAGCACGGCAAUCACCGAGUUCAGAAAUUCAACAUCAAUUUAGUUAAUUAG